CGUUGAGUGGAAAGUCAGACAAGCCUUUAGAUACAUGCGGGAAGUUUGGGAACUGUCUGUGUGUUUACGUGGAUUAAACCAAGCGAAGACUGCAUCACACUAACAGCAUCACUAAAACAGUGACCAUGAGGCUGACAUCCAGCAGUGUGAGAGGAGCUUCUCUCAGCUGCUCAACCCUGGCUUUCCUCUUGUUGCUGCAUUGCUGUCACAUAACCAGCAUUCUUGGCCAAAAGUCUGACUCUGCCUUAAGUGUGGUGGAGAAUACAGAGGGAGCAGAAAGAGAAGGUGUUGAUGAAGAAGAGGCGAUGGUUGAUGAAGGAGAUUCAGAGGUGGUCCACCCAACUGAGGAGUGGCAAACGCUCAAACCAGGUCAGGCAGUGCCAGCAGGUUCCCAUGUGAGGCUCAAUCUACAGACGGGUCAGAGGGAGGUCAGACUGGGAGAAGAACAGCUUAAAUACUGGACACAGGAACACAGGGGAAAAGAAGAGACCCAGUCCCCCUUCAGUCCUGAUGAGCUGAAACAGGCCUUGAAAAAGAUAAAGGAGGACCUGAACUCUGAGAGCAAAGACACAGACCAACAGGACUCCGUGGCUUCUAAGUUUCGUCCCCUGGAGGAGUUAAAGAGAGACAUGGCUCAGCUGGACCUGCUGGUGGAGACAGAUGUUCAGAUAAUGAGGCGCCUGCUGGAGCAGUUGAACAGCAGCAACUUGACCACAGAGCAGAGGCUGAGCAUCCUGCUGGAGCUGGAGUAUAUGGUGCAUCAGGUGGAUAAUGCUCAGACGCUCUGUUCGAUGGGGGGUCUCCAGUUGAUUCUACAGGGUCUAAACAGCUCUGACUUCAGAUUACAGGAAAGCUCUGCCUUUGUCCUGGGAUCUGCUUUGGCCAGCAACCCUGCGGUUCAGGUGAAGGCAGUGGAGAAUGGGGCUCUUCAGAUGCUCUUAACCAUGCUGGCCACAACACCACCACUCAGAGUCAAAAAGAAGGUUCUGUUUGCAGUGGCCUCCCUCUUGCGUCACUUCCCCUACGCACAGAGUCACUUCCUGUCGCAUGGAGGGCUGCAGGUCCUAUCCGAGCUGUUCAGGGCGGAUGGAGGUGGAGUUCUGCGUACACGCAUUGUCACGAUGUUGUAUGACAUGAUCGCAGAGAAGGAGCUGAUCUCUCAGGCAGGUCUGGACCCAAUGCUGGAUGGCUCCCAUGAAGAGCGGGUGCGUCAGUACUCUAAGGUGUCCCUGCAGGGGGAGCUGCUGGAGAAGGGCUGGUGCAGUCUGGUCCCACAGCUGCUGGAGUCCACUGAGCAUGACUACAGAGAGAAGGCUCUGCGGGCUUUGUUGGCGAUGGCUCCUGUGUGUUUGGAACAGUACCGCUCAGACUCAGCUCUGCUGGGCUCUCUACUCUCCCUCAGAGACCAGUACCAGGAAAUGGUCCAGUCAGAAAUGAUUCUAGGAGAGGAGAACGGCUACUUUGCAGAGAUUGUAGAACUUAUAGAUGCUCUACAAGUCAAAAUUAAAUGACAGUAGUAUUGUUCAGAGUGCCAUUUUACAUUGUAAUGCAAUGCAGAGAGAAGUACACAGACUUCUAGACUGUUGUGAGGAAACAACCUUUCUUCAAGAGCAUGACCAACCACAGAAGGACAAACCGCUUAAGACAUAGAGUCUACUGCAUGAAAGUCAAGGACAAAGGACGCACCCUGGACAAAAAUUUUUGGACUGACCUUGUAGAUGAUGGAUCCAUAGGUUGGUCAGGAUGAACUUCACCAACUAAGAUUUCACUUUGUGCCCUUUUUGAAGGGGGGUGGAGAUCGGAAUAGAGAUUUUUUUUAAGGCUGUCAUUGUAAAAUAUUUGUGUUUUAUUUUUACUUUGUGUUGAUAAAGAAUCAUUUUUUUCAUUGAAUGUAAUUAAUUUAAGAAUUGAAUGAAUUAUUGUCAAAUGACUGUGUUAUGUUGUGUAUUUUGGAGCAAAAUGAGUUUGGGAAUCUGCUGUAGUGUUACAUUCAUAUUAAACCAGAA